UGAACUAUCAUAACAGAGGCAAGGGUCUAGGCAAAAGACAUGGCUUUAUACUUCACGGCUGCUACUGUCAUCUUAAGCAUCAGCAUACAUGGAUAUAAUGCUAAGUUCCCUGAUGCGUACAUUUCUGAUUUCAUCCCAGAGAACUACAAGGAUGAAUACAUGGAGGUUGGUGGAAGGAAUAAACGAUCUGUUGUAUUCUCGGGGGUAGAACCAGAGGGGGAAGAGGUACUGAAUCGACUGAAUAACAUCAUGAACAAUGCGAGCAUCAGUGCUGAGAGCAAGCAAAGACUGGAGGCUGCAUUGAGCAGUAUCGGCAAGGGACAGAGCAGCGGUGGAGGAGAUGGCAUUGUCCGUGGACGUAGUUUCGGCAAAUCAGGAAUAGCCGUUCAUAGAGGAUCAAUAGGGGUGAUGGACAAAAGGUUGUGGCCUGUUGAUCUACGACCAAUGACUACACCGCGUCCACAACUACAUGCGACCCAAUGUUGUUGUAAGGUUGCUGUCCCACCCCUGUCACGACUAACAUCUCGCAGGGUUACAAGAUCGCGGUCAGCAUACAGACGAGUCCGGGCAGGGAGUAGAAGGUGUGGGUUUGCUGGAUGGAGACGAUGCACUCAAUGGAGAAAUCAACAAUAUCCAAUAUAUUACCACCAGACCGUUUACACUGCCUAUUAUACACAAAGGCUUUGCCCCAAGGACAAAGAGGUCUGCUGUAGAGGUUUUGUACCAUACAAACGCUGCUGUACAAAUAUUCGUGAAAUGAAACGCCUGCUGGAUUUAUUUGAACAUCAACGUGACCAGUUUGACAGCUUGCGAGAGUUUCUAAUUGCCCAAGGGCACAAUCCCGACGCUGGAUGUCCAAAAUCUUGUGGACCAUAGAUAGAGGACAAAUGUAAAUAAACAACGGGCAUAGCAAAUUAUAUUUUCAUAUAUUCGUGAAAUGAUAUUAAACGUCUGCUAGAUUUAUAUGAACAUCAACGUGACCAGUUUGACAGCUUGCGAGAGUCUCUAAUUGCCCAAGGGCACAAUCCCGAUGCUGGAUGUCCAAAAUCUUGUGGACCAUAGAUAGAGGACAAAUGUAAAUAAACAACACAAAUAGCAAAUUAUAUUUUCAUAUAUUAUUGUAAUGAAAUGUAUGCUGGAUUUAUUUGAACAUGAACGUAAUGUAAAAGAAUGUCAAAGAAAACU